AUGUAUUCUCUUCUAGCUCUCGGCCUCGCCGUCACGGCCCAGGCAGCCCUGGCCCCGAAACCAGUUCCUCCCCCUUACGCCAGAGCGUCGGCGUCGGAAUUGUCUGGCAACACGACCUUCGAGCAGCUGCUCGACCAUAACGAUCCGAGUCUGGGCACGUUUUCCCAGCGAUACUGGUGGAACGCGGAGUUCUGGGGGGGAGAGGGGUAUCCAGUUGUGCUGUUUACGCCCGGCGAAAUCAGUGCAAGCGGGUACGAAGGAUACCUCACCAACGAGACCAUCACGGGUCUGUUUGCCCAGGAGAUCAAUGGCGCCGUCAUCCUUAUUGAGCAUCGCUACUGGGGCGAUUCUUCUCCGUACACCGUCCUCACGGCCGAGACUUUGCAGUACCUCACCUUGGAACAGGCUGUGGCGGAUCUGACCUACUUUGCUAAGAAUGUCGACCUGCCUUUUGAUACCAACAGCAGCAGCAAUGCGCAGAAUGCACCCUGGGUGCUGAGUGGCGGAUCGUACAGCGGUGCCCUCUCCGCCUGGACAGAGAGUACCUCCCCCGGAACCUUUUGGGCAUAUCAUGCGUCCAGUGCGCCUGUGGAAGCCGUCUACAACUACUGGCAGUAUUUCGUCCCCAUUCAGGAGGGGAUGGCAAAGAACUGCAGCACCGACGUGGGCAAGGUGGUCGAAUAUCUCGAUCAGGUCUAUAAAGACGGCGACGUUGCUCGCCAGCAGGAACUCAAGGAGAUGUUCGGCCUAGGGGAGCUGGAGCAUUACGACGAUUUCGUCAGUGCCCUGGAGAACGGCCCGUGGCUGUGGCAGGAUAAUGCCUUCUACACCGGCUACUCUGAUUUCUUCAUCUUCUGUGACUACGUCGAGAAUGCCGAAAACGGCGGCACCAACCCUGGCCCGGCCGGUGUUGGUCUGGAGAAGGCGUUGGCCGGAUACGCCAAGUGGUUCAAGACCGAGCUUCUCCCAGGAUAUUGCGCUUCCUACGGCUACUGGUCCGACGAGUACAGCAUCGAGUGCUUCGACACGUACAACGCCACGAACCCGAUGUACUCCGACCUCUCCGUUUCCAACGAAUUCGACCGGCAGUGGGACUGGUUCUGUUGCAACCAGCCUCUGUUCUACUGGCAGGAUGGCGCCCCCGAGGACCGUCCGACGAUCGUCUCCCGCCUGGCAGACGCCGCCUACUGGCAGCGGCAGUGCGCUCUCUUCUUCCCUGAAACCAACGGCUACACGUUUGGCAGCGGGGAUGGCAAGACUGCCGCCGAAGUCAACGCCUGGACUAAAGGGUGGGAUAAUACCGAGUCCACCCGUUUGAUCUGGACCAAUGGUCAAUAUGAUCCCUGGCGCGAGAGUGGCACUUCAUCUGGUUUCCGCCCCGGAGGACCUCUGCAAAGCACCGCGAAGGAACCGUUGCAGGUCAUCCCUGGGGGGUUCCAUUGCUCGGAUCUGAUCCUGGACAACGCGUGGGUGAACGAGGGGGUGGCCAAGGUGGUGCAGAAUGAGGUGAACCAGAUUGUCGAGUGGGUGGAGGAGUAUUAUCGUUGA